AUGUCCAUUAAAGAAGUACAUUUUCCAAAGGCUUUAAACAUCAUCAGACCCUCUUCUCCCUUAAUACAACGCCAUGACUCUUCCUAUUCUUCAUCCACCGCUUCAACGUCUUCUUCACCAUCCACGCUCUCCAACACCUCAUUCACAAAUCACACCAAUCCUACUAUAGUCAACCCCUCCAACUUUAGCUAUUUUCAGAAUAAUUGGGCUUCGUUGAAAUCAACUAAUACGGUCGGGGUGAAUCCGCAUCGAUUUCUACAACGGCCAAGAAGUAAUUCCAACUUGUCAAAAUCGACGUUUUUCUCUGCAUUAUCACCUUCAUCUCAGGAAAAUCAACAGGAGGAUGAUGAAGAUGAUAUAAACAGCAGUAUUGAUGGGGUGGAUGAAACAGAGGAUGAAGAGGAGGAAGAGGAGGAAGAGGAGGAAGAGGAAGAAGAGGAUGAAGAGGAUGAAGAGGAAGAAGAAGAAGAAGAGGAACCGGAAGUCAAAGUAGUGGCCAAGAUCAAGCAUGGCACGAUUAUGAAUGGCAAGGGAGAGUUUGUCAAUAAGGGCAGCAACAUGACAGAAGAAAGCGCAUGGCUAGACGAAGCAAGAGCGAAUCGAAAGAUUGCCGAUCUCGAGAUUGAGAAGGCAUCAUUGUUGGUGUUAAAUACGACUUUGGAAGCUAAACUGCGACAACAAACAGCACAGAUUGUCGAGCUGCAGAAACGAUUACAAAUGAAUGAAGGGCCCCUGACACCCGUAUCAGACAAGCACGUGGAAGAUUUUCUGUUUGAUGAUGAUGAGACGACGGUGGUGCAGCAGCAGCAAGAGGAUCAAGAGAUUGAAAAUGACCAAGUAUUUCAGCGUAUCAAAUCCAUGCUGGAGGGCCUGAUUUUACAGGCUGAAGUUGCAUUACUUCAAAAGACAAACAAAUCGGGGAAAGUGUUGCAAGAUUACAGCCAUGGCUCUGCUUCCAUGGAGAAGCAAUUCCAUGUGCAAGAAACAUUACACAAACUAACAGUAAAAACUUCACCUUCAUCCAUCGUCGAUAUGCACAACAACCAUUACACACCCACCAAGAGAGCAUCGUCUCCUUUCCGACGUGUGUCAGAUGCUUCCUCAGUAUCAUCAAGAGGCUCAUCUACCAGUAGCGUCAAAAUGUCUCGAAAUUUAUCUCGUCAAUCAUCACCUCCCAUCUUGGUAUCAUCACCCAGACCUUUCAGCCCUCCACCACAACAGCAAUCACAGAAGAGAGCUUCUUCUCCUCGUCAUACAUCUCAUGUGCGUAAAGAUCUCGAGAAACCUAAAUGGCAUUUCUAA